AUCUGCAUACACAUAAAAAGUGCAUGCAUUAAUAAGGAUUUUAUUUUAUUUUUGUUGUUGAAGGUAUCAGCCUCGAAAGUGUUGCAAGAGACAUGCAACUACAUACGAAGCUUGAACAGAGAAGUUGACAACCUCAGCGAGCGUUUGUCUCAGCUUCUCGAAUCUGUCGAUGAAGAUAGCCCUGAAGCCGCCGUUAUUAGAAGCCUCCUCAUGUAACUUUCUUUUUGUUGACUUUUUGACAAGCUAAGCCCUACUCAUGUAAUCUUUCAUGAUCGCUC